CGCCGCCGCACGUAGGACCUUUCAUGAUUUGACACACUCUGAAGAUCAACCAUGCUGGCAUCCAGGGCUCUGCUAUCCAAACAGACACUGGCGGUUCUCGCUCAACAACCAGCCGCCUUUGUCCAUCAUGGCACCCAAGGCACCUGGGGGAACACCAACGUGGCCGUGGUGUUCUCCGGAUGUGGCUGGUGGGACGGGACUGAUGUCCACGAGGGCGUCUACACCAUGUACCACCUGAGCCGCAACGGUGCCCGCUUCCAGAUGUUUGCUCCGAACCAGCAGCAGACUGAAGUGAUGGACCACAUGAAGAAGCAGGCCUCCUCCGGAGACCGGAACACGAUGGUGGAGUCUGCUCGCUUCAGUCACAACCAAGGAAUGAUGCAAAUGCACGAUCUGUCCAAGCUGGACGUCAACACCUUUGACGCUGUCAUCUUUCCUGGAGGCCACGGGGUCAUCAAGAACUUGUCGUCUUUCAUGAAGGAUGGUAAAGACUGCAAGCUGCACGGUGAUGUGGAAAGGGUGCUGAAAGAGUUCCAUCGCUCACGUAAGCCCAUUGGUUUGUCCAGCAUGGCGCCUGUGCUAGCUUGCCGGGUGCUGCCCAGCCUGGAGGUGACCAUGGGCUACGAACGAGAAGACACCAGCCGCUGGGGGAAGUGGCCUCACACCAACAUGGUGCAGGUUGUUAAGAGCAUGGGGGCACGUCACAAUGUCCGCGAGCCAUACGAGGCCCACGUGGACGAGAAGAACAAAGUGGUCAGCACUCCGUCCUUCAUGUGGGAGACGGACUUCCACUAUCAUUAUAUAUUUGAUGGCAUUGGAAAUAUGGUCAAGCAUGUCAUGCGCAUGUCAAGCAAGUGAUGGAAAAGAUACAGCUAGCGUGAUAACAAUGACCUCUGAAUCACAUGCACGCACCAACCACAACAUUAGGUACACCUGCACAAUCUAAUCCAGUGGUCCCCAACCUUUUUUGACCCACGGACCGGCUUGUGUUCCCACAAAAUCUCCCGCGGACGGGUGGGGGUUCACAAAAUGAAUGCCGACCCACCAUCCACCAGUUCAAGUUCCAGCCAAGUUUUUCCAGAGAGAUUAUUACAUUGCUGUUUGACGUGUGUGGGAAAAGGCAGUGCUCUAGCAUGAAUUAACUUGAGACAAAUGUGCACAUUAGCACUUAAUAAGUCAUCAAAACUUACCUUUAUGCAUUCCUGCAUAGUAUCAGCAUUUGACACCAAAUAUGAGGUGAAAGAAAAAAUGGUAAAAAUACAGUAGUAGUCUAUCUGUGCGGCAUGAGAUAAAGUUAGCACACGCACGAUGGACAUGCGUCAAGUGAGAUGGAUGUAACAGAGAGAAUCCGGCCACUUUUCAAAAUAAAACAUUAAAAAAUGAAAUAAUGGAAAUUAAUUUUUCUUUCUGUGCGGUCCGGUACCAAAUGACCGGGGGUUGGGGACCACUGAUCUAAUCCACUACAAAGCUGUAUCACAAAUUCUGCCUUUACGAAGACCAUCAUUCUCAGUUUUGAGUGACGCUGUUGAAAGGUAUUUAUUUAACACUAUUGUAUUGUAGUUUGUAGUGAUGCACAAAUAAAGGGAACACCCAUCCCGGAUGGCAAUCGAUGAAAUAUUCCAAUAUUAUGUAGCGGAAUUCGAGGAAAGAACCCCAAUAUUACACUGGAUGUCAGAUGUACCUUAUGAAAUGGCUAGUGUGUGUAGAAGCUUUAGUCAAAGCAGGUGCUCUGUGUAUUUGUGAGUGACGUGUGUAUCACGUAAGAUGUUGGUGAGGGUCAUUCGAACUGAACAACAGCACAAUGACAGGCAUUAUUCAUCAUACAUUCAAAUAUUUGCACCACUCUGCAAUAAACUAUAGAGACUUGUCACUCAGCGGUACUACACACGCCACACAUUGAAGUACACACAAAAAAAUGACAUUAGCUUUAUAGCUUGUAUGCAGGUAUAAAAAAAUGCCCUCAUAUUUCUAAAAUAAAAAGAAAUAAUGAGCAAAA